GAACUAUGACACAGACACCAGUGAGGACGAAGUAGAGAUCAAUUAUUCACAGGAGGGAUGGUGUGUGCGGUAGACUGCUGUAAGUGGAUUCUUUAAGAUAUCAAGCUUUAGUGCCACACGAAAAUGAAUGCUCAGACAGUCCUGUGGUUGUUAUUUCUGGCUCUAAUAAAAAAUUUGUCUUGUGCCGACAAACCAAUCCUCUUCACACUAGAAGACAGUCACCUGACUGCUACAGAAGGGUCCUGCAUUGAAAUCAAAUGCAGAGUCACUCAUCCUGUUAAUGAUCUUGAUGCAUACUGGUUUUGGAUAAAGAAUGCAAGUUGGGAAGACAACAUAUUGUCUGGCACUGUCAUUUACAGCACAGAUAGCGCAGAACGUCAAGUCAGUACAGACUUUGCAAACAGAGUGAAAUAUAUCGGCUCUCCAUCUUCAAAUUGGAACAAUCAUCCUCAACGCUCAACAAAGCCACUGUGUAGUAUUUUAAUCUGCGACCUAAAAAAAACUGACAGUGGAGACUAUUCUUUCAGAUUUCAAGGAAGGGUAAGGUGGACGACUGAAAAAGUGACCCUCACUGUUCAAGAUAAUCCAUGCCCAAUCACUUUUGAGAAACCACCUGUCGUAAACGAAUUUGCCACCAUAACACUCAAAUGCUCCACUUCAACUUCAUGUCGUUCAAACCUACAAAUUCAAGAGUCGACACAAAUGUCCUCAUCACUGCCCUCGGAGCAUCAACAAAUACGGGGAGAACCGGAAAGCACCACGCGCAAAUUUACAAUCAACUGGCAGGAUGACGGAAAGGAGUUUUCAUGCCAAACAGAAAAUAAUGAAGACAAAUAUUUGGUUCGGAAUAUCACAAUGAAUGUUGAAUAUAGUCCCAAAGAGGUGUUGGCUGAAAAAAGCCCUGGAAACGUCGUGGAAGGACAAUCUGUGACUCUCACUUGCUCUGCCAAAGGACGUCCUGUUCCCACCUUUACCUGGUUUAAAAACAAUCAAGAGGAAGUAAAGGCAACAAAGGCAGUAUGGAAGAUCACAUCAAUUGAGGAGUCACAGAAUGGAGAAUACCAUUGUGAAGCUCAAAACAAACGUGGGAAAAUUAAAUCAAAACCAGUCUCUAUUAAUGUUACAUAUGCGCCUGAAGUUGAGUUGAUCGGGUCGCCUGCUUCCGUGGUUAAACAAGGAGAUGAAAUGACUUUGACGUGUAAUGUGAAGAGAAGCAACCCACAACCUCACACCUACGUUUGGUUUAAAAAUGGGAAAGUUAUUGGUCAUGAGCAGACACACCGGUAUGUUAAAAGAAUCGAGCCUGAGGACAGAGGCUCCUACACAUGUACAGCCACUAACACUGUGGGCACUGGACAAUCAACGCCACUUGAGAUUCAAGUUGAAUAUGGCCCGAGGAAGACAAACAUUUCCAGCAGUAAAGAGGAUAAAAAAGUGAAAGUUGGUUACUCUCUGACAUUCUAUUGUACCACUGAUGCCAAUCCUACCCCGUUGGGAUAUUCCUGGUACCGAUACAACAUCCAUAAACAGAUCGACUCCUCACAGUGGAAGUCCAAGACAACUCCUGAAAAUGAACUACGUUUGGAGAGGGUACAAAGAGCAGAUGUAGCAUGUUACACGUGCAACGCAACCAACAUCAUCAGUACAGGGGAGGAUAGUGAGCCGGUGUGCAUACAAGUACUCUAUGCUCCAACCGAACCCACACUGACCAUGGCUACUGAGGUCAGGGAAGAUCAAACCACCACCAUCGGAUGCACUGUUGAAAGCUUCCCACCGUCAACUCUCACCUUGAGAAGGACUUCCGAAUCAAAUUCUCAGUCUUCAGAAUGGCAUUUCACUGAACCCGAUAAUUAUUAUGGGUCCCCCAACACUCUCGUACACACAUUUAAUGUCACUUCAACCCACAAAGGCUUUUAUACCUGUGACGCCACGAACAGCGAAGGUUCAAAGAUGAGCACAGAAAGGAAGUUGGUGGUGAUAUACCGUCCCAAAGGCGUGACCGUACAAGCUGAGCCUGCCCUUGUUGUGAAUGAAAACCAGUCGUUGACGCUAAAUUGCAGUGCCGAGUCCCACCCACCGGUGACCUCUGUCACCUGGAUGAAGAUGAUUGAUGGGAAGAGUGAAAUCCUCCAGGAGAAUCAGACCUUCACUGUAAAGUCUGUCGGUCCUUCUGACAGCGGACUGUACAGCUGUACAGCCAGAAAUGGCUUUGGAACUGGAAACUCACAGCAAGCUGAGGUUAAAGUCAAGUAUGCUCCAAAACACACAAAGAUCACGAGAACAGCCGAGCAGCAGCAGCCUGACGGGACGAGGUCUGUGACGCUGAGCUGCAGCAGUCAAAGCUAUCCCCCCGUCACAGAUUAUUCAUGGUACAGGAAAAUGACGGAAAGGGAUGAAAGAGUGUCCGAGCAUCAGAAGCACACAGUGUAUUCAGACCAACCGGGAGACUACUACUGCACUGCAAAAAAUGAAAUAAAUCAAAGCUCGUCUGACCCACUCCCUCUGUUUCAUAGUGAGCUGAUUAAGAAACUGCUCAUCGUCCUUUUUUUUAUUAUCCUGCUCAUCCUUAUCUUAAUUGUCUUGGUCUUCAGACACAAGAGGAAGAAAUCAAGUCGACAAAGAACUACGAACACACUGCCCUGUUUUGGUUUUCUGGCUUGGUGGAAUGGCGCCAGGAGGAGGAAUCUGAUGAACGACCGUGGUGUGGCAGAGCCUUUCAGGAGCAGAGAUGACCUCUCGCCAGACCAGCCGCGCCGUCCAAAUGCCCAACGAUGCCAGCCUCGUCCAGACAACACGCCUGCAUCCAACAUCAACAGUGUUUACUGUACCGUGAAUCUGCACAUCGGACAACACGGUCCGUCUGCACAAAAGCCAAUCAGAAAGCAAGGUGGACACACACAGGAUGAUCCUCUCAACUACGCGUCUUUACACUUUGAAAAUACGCAAAAGAGCAAACUGGCAAAAGCGGAAGACGAUCUGUAUGCUAAAAUGUAUGGAAAAAACCCACCUACACAGAAUGAAGAAAGGCACGAGGACUACGAGAACGUCAGUGCAGCAAAAGCAGCCAGAUCUCCGAGUCCAUUGAACUAUGACACAGACACCAGUGAGGACGAAGUAGAGAUCUGAGACUCUUAUUUUACCUUAAGCUGAGCAUACACUGUACGAUUUUAGAAAUGUUGUUGUGUAACAUUAGGAGUACUCCUAAUGUACGAGUAGAUUGUGUGCGAUGUGAAGCCAAAGCUCACGAUUUAACUGCUCGCACUGUACGGUCCGAUCGUCAGCCUCGACCUGAGUGGAAAAUAGAAAAAAAAAAACGUCUCGUCGACCCCUGUGGGCCGUUCUGGCUCUUGACAGUUGUCAAUAAAGAUUUGUUUGAAAGCUCCGAGGCAGGUAAAGUUUGUUUGUUAGCAGAGGUCUGUACGGGUCACAAUGCUAACAGGGCAGAAAUGUAAUGCCUUGAUCAUCUGUGCCAUCCUGUCUGCCGAAACGUCUAAAAAAAAAAGGCGCCGGUGUAGAUGGACUCGCAGGUGGCUAGAAAGACAUGGACAGUAGAGAAUUGGAGGUAAGCUGGCUACGUUUUACUAUAUCUAUUGUACAUUGUUAUUUUGAUAUAGCUACACUCUUUAAUGUCAGAAAAAGUAUAACUAAGGCGUUAUGACGUUGGGGAAUCGGCUUGUGGCUCUGUUUCAACUGUGCGAGAGCCUGUGGAUGGCCGACCAAAAUUUCUGACUCGUCAAAUUUAUCCGACUAUCCGACGGCUGGUCAGGAGGAGUGAAUCGGCCCUCGGUCCCCCCUGUACACUGCACGGCAAACUACGCCAAACGAAGCUGAAACUACGUCCAACUCUAAAAUGAGUCGUGUGGCUCAAAUCGAAGGCUAAAAUCGUACCGUGUAUGUCCAGCUUUACAGGUUAUACAGCUAAUUAUUAAAUAAGUGUUUUAUUGUUUUUUUCAUUCCUAAAAUACAUCUUUUAGUGCUUCGCUGCUUUUUAUGAGUGUGCAGUAACAAGUACCAAACAGAAGGGAGGAAAGAGACCAAUGUUAUCCCCUUAAUCCAAACCCAUGGUACCUAAAAUAUAAAUAUAACACAUUCUGUUGAAACUCAUUAAUUGUAAAAGAAAGAAUGCAUGGGCAAAUGUACAUAUUUGUUAAAUUUAUUGACAUGACAAUGACUUUUGUAAACAGCACAAGAUGACAUGGCUUUAAUGUUUUAACGCUGUGCAACAGUUUCUUUUCUGAGGCUUGUUUCUGAAAUAUGUAUGUUGAAACAAUGUGCCAUAUGCACAAUGCUCCAUUUCAUAAAAUGCUUUGAAUUCAGCUCAACUGCCAACUUAAGUGCAGGAAGAAUGGCUUUAUUGUUUUUUAUAAACAAGCACAAACAUAUUUAUGUAUCUUAACAGAAAACAAAUAACAAAAUGAUCAAUAAAAAGUGUGACAAACUCUGUUUAACUGCUUCUUUCACUCUGCACAAAGGUUUUAAAUAAUAAAUUAACAGAACUACACGACACAAGUUAGCACUGAAAUAUUAAAUAUAAACAGUAGCAUGAUAAAUGUAGCUGUGACUAUGACAUAUUUUAAGACCUUUUUAUGGCAUACUAUACAACUGGUAU